AUGUCUGUCAAUGUUGUAGUAGUGGGUGCCGGUGGUGUUGGUGUGGUGAGUGCGCUGUCGCUGUUCCACGCUGGCAAGAGUGAAGUGUCACUGGUUGUGCGGUCUGAUUACUCUGCUGUGGUGGAGCGCGGGUACAGGAUAGACUCGUGUGACUACGGGCAGCUCGACGGGUGGAGACCGCACCAUGUGUACAAAGACGUGCAUGAGGCCGCUGCGAGCGGGACGUUCUUCGACUACGUGGUUGUAACAACCAAGAACAUCCCAGAUGGGCCCAAUAGCAGCACCAUGCCGGUUCUUGUGGAGCCCUUCUUGCUCGGUAAUGCGAAAGUGGACCCCGAGAGGCUCACCUCUGUGCUGCUGAUCCAGAACGGUAUCGACAUCGAGAAGCACCUGGUCUCGACGCUGAAGCCGGAGGAUUACAACAACUAUGUGGUGUUGUCAGGCGUGGAGAUCGUUGGCACUACGAAAGUGGGCAAAGCUCAGAUUAAGCACAUUGGCCAGGACCAUCUGUCCGUGGGUGCGUUCGACCCGUCAAACCCCGCUGCAGUAGAGAGCGCAAAGCGGUUCACAAAGAUAUACGACGCAGGCGACAAGAACUUCGUCGAGUUCGACGAGAGGGUGCGCUAUUCCCGCUGGAAGAAGCUGCUGUACAACGCGGCCAUCAACACUACAACGGCAAUCGUGGGGCUGGACGUGCCAAGAACGCUGGCUUACGGUCACGACGACUCCACCAGAAACGCGUUGUUCCUACCGGCAAUGAGAGACAUAGUUAACAUCGCUGCCUCCGAAGGUAUAGUCAUCGAGGAGAAGUUCAUAGACUUUUUCCUGAACAUCUCUGCAAAACAUAUGUUCACGCCCUCGAUGUGCGUCGAUGUACAGAAGGGCCAAUUGAUGGAGCUGGAAGUUAUCCUAGGUAACCCACUGCGAGUCGCCGAGGCCAACGGUGUAGAGGCACCAACGCUAACAUUUUUGUACAACUUGCUUUCCAUCAUACAGGGGAAACUGAAGGAACAAAACGGACUGGUAGAAUUCGAUGAAACAACCUGCUCCAUAAAGAAGUAA